AUGAAGGAGGAAGAAGGGAGGCGUAAUGCUGCUGUGGACGCCUUUCAUGUGGCCGAGAAGAGUAUCCAGGAGCUUAAGAAAAAGUUGCAAAAGGAGGAGAAAGAGAGAAAGUACACGGUGGCAUCCCUGGAGAGUGCUAAAAAACAAGCUGAAAGUCAGAGGUUGCUGCUGCAUACUACUGAGGGCAACCUGGGCUCUUCCAAAACUCAGAUUGCCACAUUAAAAAAGAAAUUGGAAGAGGCCAAGAAGGCCAAAGGUAUCACCGAGAAAGCUCUAGAGGAGGCAGAGAAAGCCAAAGAUGAAGCAAAGCAACAUGGCUAUGACAUAGGCGUGGCUGAGACUGAGGACACCCUUAAGGCUGAGGUCCCUGCCAUUUGCAGAACUUGCUGCGCCCAGACAUGGGAAGAAGCCCUCAACCAGGCUGGGGUUGAGGCCUCUUCCAUGCUCAGGAGGGCAGAAAGUGUCUACUACCCGCCGGCCAUACGCCUUGUGAGCUCUUCAAAUUCUAAGGCCAACCCGGCGUCCUCGGAAACAGCUGAAGCCAAAGGAAGUCCAACCAUAACCCCUCCUGCAGCUAACACUUCUUUUGAGGGUGGAGAGCAGGCCGAGGACAUGACAAAAGCUAGGGAUGCCAACCAAGGCGCUGACUUAGCUCCAGCUGUUCCAGAGGAUUUCCUCAAAGAAAAAGAAAAUUCCCAGAGUAUGGAGCUGGUAUUGGCAACCCUUGCCAUACCUCCAAAAGUGGACCCUAAGGAUAAGGCUCAAGUACCCACCACAGCAGCAAAUACCCAGCCUCCCAAAGAUGUGAAGGAAAAACUUGUAAUAAAGAUGAAAAAAUGA